UCCCACAAAGUAGAAAGCCCAGACUAGCGGUUUUGCCCCCCACCCCCCUCCCCGGACGUCAGUGGACGCCUUGAAGCGGUCGGACCGAACCUGGGCAACUGCUCUAACAGUUAGCCAGCCCAUUCUCUCCCCACCUCCCCAGACUUCAGACUUUGACCUUGGGGUUCGGGGCAGGCAUGAAGCCCUCCUGGCUGCAGUGUCGGAAGGUCACGGGCGCGGGGGGGCUCGGGGCUCCCCUGCAAGGCUCGGCUGCGGCUCGGGGAGCAGCCCCAGCGCGUCAGGCUUACCUGGCCCCCGCGCCCCGGGGCCCUCGCGGCAUUGGUGGGGGCCACCGCUCUCUGUCCUCGGGCGGCGGUGCCAGUGAGUAUAAGAAACACUUCGCUGCCUCAGUGUCCGACCCCGAGAGGUUCUGGGGGAAAGCCGCGGAGCAGAUCAGCUGGUACAAGCCCUGGACCAAAACGCUGGAGAACAGCCACCCAACAGCCACGAGUUGGUUUGUGGAAGGGAUGCUUAAUAUUUGUUACAAUGCUCUAGACCGCCAUAUUGAAAAUGGACAAGGAGACAAGAUUGCAAUCAUCUACGACAGCCCUGUGACGAACACAAAAGUCACUGUUACCUAUAAAGAAGUUUUGGAACAGGUUUCCAAGCUGGCUGGUGUCUUGGUGAAGCAUGGUGUGCAAAAGGGAGAUACUGUGGUGAUCUAUAUGCCCAUGAUACCACAGGCAAUGUACACCAUGCUGGCAUGUGCGAGGAUAGGGGCCAUUCACAGCCUCAUCUUUGGGGGCUUUGCCUCUAAGGAGCUGAGCACUCGUAUUGAUCAUGUAAAGCCCAAAGUGGUUGUAACAGCAUCCUUUGGAAUAGAGCCUGGGAGAAGGGUAGAAUAUGUACCCCUUUUAGAAGCAGCCAUGAGGAUGGGAGAACAUAAGCCACGCAGAGUUCUCAUUUAUAAUCGACCUAAUAUGGAAGCUGUACCUCUGGCUCCAGGUCGUGAUCUCGAUUGGGAUGAAGAGAUGGCAAAAGCCCAGUCCCAUGAUUGUGUCCCUGUUCUCUCAGAACAUCCACUUUAUAUUCUCUACACAUCAGGAACAACUGGAUUACCUAAGGGUGUGGUCAGACCCACUGGUGGAUAUGCAGUAAUGCUGAACUGGAGCAUGUCUUCUAUAUAUGGACUGAAACCAGGAGAGGUUUGGUGGGCAGCUUCUGACCUAGGAUGGGUCGUUGGGCAUUCCUAUAUUUGCUAUGGACCUCUCUUGCAUGGGAACACAACUGUUUUGUAUGAGGGGAAGCCUGUGGGAACACCAGAUGCUGGGGCCUACUUCCGUGUGCUCUCGGAGCAUGGAGUGGUGGCCUUGUUUACAGCACCAACUGCAAUUAGAGCCAUCCGUCAGCAGGACCCUGGGGCAGCUCUGGGGAAGCAGUACUCUUUGACAAGGUUCAAAACUUUAUUUGUGGCUGGUGAACACUGUGAUGUGGAGACGCUGGAGUGGUCUAAAAAUGUUUUCAGAGUACCUGUCUUGGACCAUUGGUGGCAAACAGAGACUGGAUCCCCAAUUACAGCCUCAUGUCUUGGUUUAGGAAAUUCAAAAACACCUCCUCCAGGACAAGCAGGAAAAGCUGUUCCAGGAUACAAUGUUAUGAUUUUGGAUGACAGUAUGCAAAAACUGAAGGCCCGCACCUUGGGAAAUAUUGUGGUGAAGUUACCUCUGCCUCCUGGAGCAUUUUCGGGGCUCUGGAAAAACCAGGAAGCCUUCAAGCAUUUGUAUUUUGAAAAGUUUCCGGGUUAUUAUGAUACUAUGGAUGCUGGUUUCAUGGAUGAAGAUGGCUAUUUGUAUGUUAUGUCUCGAGUUGAUGAUGUAAUCAAUGUGUCUGGUCACAGAAUUUCAGCGAGUGCCAUAGAGGAGUCGGUCCUUUCCCAUGGUGCCAUAGCAGACUGUGCUGUCGUUGGCAAGGAGGAUCCUGUAAAAGGUCACGUCCCAUUAGCGCUUUGUGUGCUGAGGAAAGAAGUAAAUGCUACAGAGGAGAAGAUUGUGGAAGAGAUCGUGAAGCAUGUGAGAGACAGCAUCGGUCCGGUGGCGGCUUUCCGAAACGCUGUGUUUGUUAAGCAGUUACCCAAGACACGCUCGGGCAAGAUACCACGGUCAGCUCUGUCUGCUCUUGUCAAUGGAAAGCCUUACAAGGUAUCUCCCACAAUCGAGGAUCCACGUGUCUUUAGCCAGAUAGAGGAAGUACUGAAACGGACAUCAUGACCUUUUGUCUUCUGUAAAAACUUACAUAGCAGUGGAGAAGACAUUUUACUUUGGUACAGAGAAAUAGGUGGAUAGUUGGAAGGUCUCAGUAGUUACAAAGCAAAGUAGUUAGGAAAUAGAGGUUAAUUAUGUAGUUGAAUGGAAGGUCUUUAAUUGAACAUGCCCAUAGCUACUGGUUAUUUGUUACAGGUCUUAGUAUUUUUAUCCAUCCUUUAGUUUUUUUUUUAUGUUUUUGUUGCUUUGUUUUCUGUAAUUAUGCUAAAUUCUAGUAUGAGCCUAAUGAAAUUAUAGACUGUCAGAGCUGCAGGGGACCUCAAAGAUUAUCUUGUCCUACUUACACUCUCCCUCCUCUAAUUUGAAGAAACUGUAGUCAAAUGUACCUUUGGCCCUUCUUCCUGCCUUAUGUUCAAAUUUACCUGCCACUGCUCCUGAGAAGCUAAAGUUGUUAGGAGUUUGGAACAGGAAUAGAAGUAGAUGACUUAUUUUACAUGACAAAUUAAUCUUAGAAAGAGUAGGACAAUCUCCAUGGCGUGGGAAGGAAAAAAGAAAAAAAAAGAUUACGUAGAGCAGGGGUAGGGAACCUGCAGCCUCAAGGUCACAUAUGGCCUU